AUGGCAUCCGUCCCUCGGGCUUCACUGGCUGACCUCGAUAUUCCGCCGUACCUUUACAAGCCAUUAGCUGAAGAGGACGCUGUCGAAGGCAAAUUUGAGAUAAAUCUUGUCAACAUUCUCCCUGGCCCAAAAGGUGCGCCACUGAUAUGCGAAAUAACUACCGCCCAGCUCCUGAAUACCUUUGACCUCAUCGUGGGCAAGCCAGACUACGAAGCACUGUCAUAUGUGUGGGGUACCGGUGGUCUCUCGCACGAAAUUCUGAGGCUUCGUUUUGAGGACCGGAACCGUUGCAUGUGGAUCGAUCAGAUUUGUAUCAAUCUUGCAGACCCUCUAGAGCGUGGUCAGCAGGUGAGCUUGAUGGGGGUUAUUUAUUGGUAUGCACAGCGCGUGAUCAUCGAUCUUGGCGAGGCAGCAGAGCAAAGUGAUGAAGCAUUUGAUUAUGCUGCUACGCUACAUGAUGCCGCCAGUCUUGAAAGCUACUAUUACACGAAGGAGAGUCAGCUGUUCUAG